AUGGGCGAACCCUGGGACUACCCCGCCCAGGGCCUGUACGACCCCUCGCGGGAGACUGCUGCGUGCGGCGUUGGCUUCAUUGUCAACAUCGAUGGGGAAUCUUCGGCCAAGGUGAUUCGUGACGCGGAGAAGCUUGCGUCCCGGAUGAAGCACAGGGGAGCAUGUUCCUGUGACAACGACACUGGCGACGGGGCGGGGCUGAUGGCCGCCAUCCCGCACUCCUACUACGCCGCCCUCUUGCAGGAGGAAGGAGUGGAGCUGCCUGAGCCUGGACGCUACGCCACUGGCAUCUUCUACUUCGACAAGCCCCACCACGAGGAGAGUGAGAACCUCUUUGAUGAGCUCGCCGCCUCCCACGGCCUCAAGGUGCUGCAGUGGCGCACCGUGCCCACCGACAGCACCCAGAUCGGUGAGGUGGCGCGCUGCACAGAGCCCUUCAUGAGGCAGGUGUUCGUGGCCGCCCCAGACGACUACGAUGACGCCACCUUCAGGAAAAAGGUCUGGAUGGCGAGGAAGCAGGCCACCCACAACCUGGUGCGUCCCGGCGCCAGGUUCUACAUCUGCUCGCUCUCCACCACCACUGUCGUCUACAAGGGACAGCUCACAUCAGACCAGCUCUGGACCUACUUUUCUGACCUGCAGAAUCCCGAUUUCGCAACCUACAUGGCGCUGGUCCACACGAGGUUCUCCACCAACACCUUCCCCUCCUGGGAGCGCGCGCACCCCCUCAGGAUGAUGGCUCAUAACGGUGAGAUCAACACUCUGCGAGGGAACGUGAACCUGAUGAAGGCCAGGGAGGGCGUGAUGAAGAGCAAGGAAUUCGGGAGUGAUCUGAGCAAGCUGUACCCCGUGGUGGAGCCCAACCUGUCUGACUCCGGUGCCGUGGACUGCUGCCUCGAGUUUCUGGUGAUGGCUGGCGGCCGCUCCCUGCCCGAGGCCAUCAUGACCAUGGUUCCUGAGGCCUGGCAGAAUGAUGCGCUGAUGCACCCAGAGAAGAAGGACUUUUACCGGUGGUCAGCCUGCGCCAUGGAGCCCUGGGACGGACCUGCUCUCAUGACUUUCACUGACGGACGCUACAUUGGAGCAAUUCUGGAUAGGAAUGGUCUGCGUCCUUCUCGCUAUUACGUCACCAAAGACCGAGUGCUGGUGAUGGCUUCAGAAGUGGGCGUAUAUGACACAGAGCCCGAGAAUAUUCUGCAGAAGGGUCGCCUGAAGCCUGGACGCAUGUUGCUGGUAGACACCCAGGAGAAGAUUCUGAGUAAAGAUGAAGAACUCAAGCUGCAGAUUGCCAGAUCAAGACCUCACUCAACCUGGAUCAAAGAACAGAUAACCUUGGAAGACUUGUAUGCUGCCCAUGAAGGGAGUCUCGCAUAUGAGCCAGCUGUGGCAAAUGGCCACGUUAAUGGACUGAAUGGGGAUGGUGAGAAUGCUGCCGUGAUGCGCACGUUUGGUGGAGACCGGCGGUUGCUGAUGAAUGGAUACACUGUGGAGACACUCAACUUGCUGCUGCUUCCCAUGGUGACCACCAAGAAAGAAGCUCUGGGUUCCAUGGGCAAUGAUGCCCCACUGGCUUGUCUGUCAGAGUUCCAGCCUCUCAUGUAUGACUACUUCAAGCAGCUGUUUGCCCAAGUAACAAAUCCUCCAAUUGAUCCAUUCAGAGAGAAAAUUGUGAUGUCACUUGCUUGCCCAAUUGGGCCUGAAGCCAACAUCCUGGAGCCAAGUGCUAGUCAAUGUCAUCGAAUCUUCUUGGAAAAUCCCAUUUUGUCCUUACAGGAUCUUGAAGUGAUCAAAGCCACCAAAUACCGUGGCUGGCAGACCCAUGUGGUGGACAUCACAUACCCAUUGGGUGACGGAGUGCAGGGUCUGGUGCCAGCACUGGACCGCAUUGCUGCGGAGUGCUGCAAGGCUGCCAAGGAUGGGUACCAACUGCUGGUUCUGUCUGACAAGAAGGCUGGUCCUGACAGGCUGCCGGUGAGCACACUGCUGGCUCUGGGCACCACCCACCACUCGCUGAUUGAGGAGCGCCAACGCAUGAAGGUCGGCCUCAUCCUGGAGACGGGAGAGGCAAGAGAAGUGCAUCACAUGUGUGUCCUGCUUGGGUAUGGAGCCGACGCUAUCUGUCCCUACCUGGUGUUUGAGACCAUGAACACCUUGCUGGCAGAGGGAGUCAUCAAUUCCUCUCUCACAGAAAAGGAUAUCUUCAAGAAUUACGUUGAUGCAAUGGAACGUGGAUUGUCCAAGGUGAUGGCAAAGAUGGGCAUUUCCACCCUCCAGUCCUACAAGGGUGCCCAGAUCUUUGAGGCUGUUGGCAUCUCCUCAGAAAUUAUUGAUAAGUGCUUUAAGGGUACUGCAUCACGGAUUGGUGGUGUGACAUUUGAGACGGUGAGCAAGGAGAUGGUGGAUCGACAUGCCCUGAGCUACAGUGACCGUGAAUGUGACACUUUAGUGCUGAGAAACCCUGGAUUUUACCACUGGAGGAAUGGUGGAGAGAAGCACAUGAAUGACCCAUCAGCAAUUGCAGAUCUUCAGGAUUCUGCAAAAAACAACAAUAAGUCCCAGUAUGACAAAUUCAAGGAGACGACAAUCCAGGGUGUUCAGGCCUGCACUCUGCGUGGACAGCUGGAGCUUGUCAAGGGAGACAGUCCUAUUGAUAUAUCAGAGGUGGAGCCUGCCUCAGAGAUUGUGAAGAGAUUUGCUACUGGAGCCAUGAGCUUCGGGUCUAUCUCCAUUGAGGCUCACACCACCCUGGCCAUCGCCAUGAACCGUGUGGGAGCAAAGUCCAACACGGGAGAAGGAGGAGAGAAUGCUGACAGAUACAUAAAUCAAGAUCCAGAGUUCAACAAACGUUCUGCAAUCAAGCAGGUUGCCUCAGGGCGGUUCGGUGUGACUGCCUCAUAUUUGGCCAACUCUGAUGACCUGCAGAUCAAGAUGGCACAGGGAGCCAAGCCUGGGGAAGGUGGAGAAUUGCCGGGUUAUAAAGUGACAGAUGAUAUUGCCAAAACUCGACAUUCAGUUCCUGGAGUGGGUCUCAUUUCCCCUCCACCCCACCAUGACAUCUACAGUAUUGAAGACUUGGCUGAACUCAUUUAUGACCUCAAGUGUUCAAACCCCAGUGCUCGCAUCUCUGUCAAGCUUGUCUCAGAAGUUGGCGUUGGUGUUGUGGCAUCUGGAGUGGCAAAGGGCAAGGCUGAGCACAUCACUAUCUCUGGACACGACGGAGGCACUGGAGCCAGCAGCUGGACAGGCAUCAAGAGUGCUGGUCUGCCAUGGGAGUUGGGUAUUUCUGAGACUCACCAGACACUUGUCCUCAACAACUUGAGGUCAAGGGUGGUCCUGCAAGCUGAUGGACAAAUUCGUUGUGGUUUUGAUGUUGUAGUAGCAGCAAUACUUGGGGCUGAUGAGUUUGGCUUCAGCACUGCUCCUCUCAUUGUGAUGGGCUGCACCAUGAUGCGCAAGUGUCACCUCAACACGUGUCCUGUUGGUAUUGCUACUCAAGAUCCAGUGCUGAGGAAGAAGUUCGAGGGCAAACCAGAACAUGUUGUUAACUAUCUGUUCAUGCUGGCUGAGGAGGUUCGUGAGUGCAUGGCAUCCUUGGGCAUUCGCAAGUUCCAGGAUCUUGUGGGUCGCACUGACUUGCUUCGUGUCCGUGAAUCUUGCACAGAUAAGGCCAAACUCCUGGACAUGUCUCAGAUACUGAAAAGUGCACUUGAAAUUAGACCCGGAACAAACACUGUUGGGGGUUCAGUAAAGCAGGACUUUGGACUUGAGACUCACAUGGACCAGCAGAUCUUGAAGGAGGCAGAGUCAGUGUUGAAUGGUAACUCUGACAAUGUCACAAUCAACACCACAAUCCACAAUGAGGUCCGAGCAUUUACAUCCACUCUGUCCUACCACAUUGCUCUAAAGUAUGGAGAGGAGGGUCUUCCUGACAACAGCAUCCAGAUCAACCUGACAGGUUCAGCUGGCCAGAGCUUCUGUGCUUUCCUGGCUAAGGGUGUUACCGUCACUCUUGAGGGAGAUUCCAAUGACUAUGUGGGCAAGGGAUUGUCUGGAGGUGAGAUUGUGAUUUACCCCCAGAAGAACAUAUCUGAAGACUACAAGACUGAAGAUAAUGUUAUUGUAGGCAAUGUGUGUCUGUAUGGAGCCACCUCAGGGAAAGCUUUCUUCAGAGGAGUGGCAGCAGAGAGGUUCUGUGUUCGCAACUCUGGAGCCAUUGCUGUGGUUGAGGGAGUGGGAGACCACGGAUGUGAGUACAUGACUGGCGGACAAGUAGUAAUUUUGGGCCCAACAGGGCGCAACUUUGCUGCAGGAAUGUCUGGUGGCAUUGCCUAUGUGCUGGACACUAAAAAUGACUUCUCUAAGAAAUGUAACCAGCAGAUGGUAGAGCUACUGCCACUGGAAAUGUCUGAAGACCUGUCUUUAGUGGAGGAUCUGCUUCAUCAGUUCCACGACAAGACAGGGUCCCUUGUGGCUGCUGACCUGCUCAAGGACUGGCCAGCACAGGCCUCUAAGUUUGUGAAGGUGUUCCCAUAUGAGUACCAGCGAGCCUUGAAACAACUAGCUGAGAAGGAGGCUGCAGCCCAGCCUGUACCUGAGACUCCCAAGGUUGAGAAGCCAACAUCUCCUGUGCAGGAUAUUGAAGAGACCGUCACUGAUGCCGCCAUGGAGAAGAAACGGCUUGAGAAAAUCCUUGACAAGACCAGAGGCUUUGUUAAGUACAAGCGUGAGACCUCAAUGUACCGACCUGCUGCUGAAAGGCAAAAGGACUGGAAUGAGAUUUACAACUUUGAGGGAGUGAGACGAGGAUUGCGAACACAAGCUGCCCGGUGCAUGGAGUGUGGUGUGCCCUUCUGCCAGUCCUCUCACGGCUGCCCGCUGGGGAACAUCAUCCCUAAGUGGAAUGAUCUUGUAUUCAACAACAACUGGAAGGAAGCUCUGAACCAACUGCUCCAGACAAAUAACUUCCCUGAGUUUACUGGCAGAGUGUGCCCUGCUCCUUGUGAAGGUGCCUGUGUCUUGGGAAUCAAUGAACUUCCUGUCACAAUCAAGAACAUUGAGUGCUCCAUCAUUGACCAUGCUUUUGAGCAGGGCUGGAUAAAGCCAGAGCCCCCACUGGUGAGGACAGGCAAGAAGGUGGCUGUGGUUGGCUCAGGACCUGCUGGUUUGGCCGCAGCUCAUCAGCUCAAUAAAGCUGGCCACUUGGUGACCGUGUUUGAACGUAAUGACCGAGUGGGAGGGCUGCUGCAGUACGGCAUCCCCACCAUGAAACUGAGCAAGGAAGUGGUACAGAGGCGAGUGAACCUACUGGCAGAGGAAGGCAUCACAUUCAAAACUGGAGUCAAUGUUGGGAAAGAUAUCUCUGCAAAGGAACUGCAGGAUGAGCAUGAUGCUGUACUGUUGUGUAUGGGUGCCACCUGGCCCAGAGACUUGCCCAUCACCAACAGGCAACUGGAAGGCAUCCACUUUGCCAUGGCCUUCUUGGAGACCUGGCAGAAGAAACAAAUGGGGAACAAGAUUGAUGUCACUCCUCUCAGUGCAAAAGACAAAGAUGUCAUUGUUAUUGGUGGAGGUGAUACUGGUUGUGAUUGUAUUGGAACAUCUUUGAGACAGGGAGCAAAAUCAAUCACCACAUUUGAGAUCCUGCCUCAGCCACCACCCUCCCGAAGCAACGACAACCCAUGGCCCACUUUCCCAAGAGUGUUCAAGGUGGAUUAUGGACAUGAAGAAGUGAAGGUCAAGUUUGGCAAAGACCCAAGAGCGUACAGCACGCUCACGAAGGAGUUCCUGGAUGAUGGGUCAGGGAAGGUGGCAGGUGUGCGCACCAUUCAGGUGGAAUGGACUAAAGAUGAAAAUGGUCGCUGGAAAAUGGAUGAAGUUGAAGGGUCAGAGAAGGUUUACAAGGCUGAUAUGGUGCUACUGGCCAUGGGCUUCUUGGGACCUGAGAAGUACAUCAUCUCUGAGCUAGAGUUGGAGCAGGACCCACGCUCCAACAUCCGCACUCCCAAUGGCAAAUACUCCACCAGUGUAGAUAAAGUCUUUGCUGCAGGAGACUGCCGGCGAGGUCAGUCCCUGGUGGUGUGGGCUAUCAAUGAAGGACGACAGGCAGCACGAGAGGUGGAUGCUUACCUCAUGAACAUCUCCACGCUGCCUGUGACAGGAGGAGUCGUCCAGAUCACACAAAAAGGGUAAUGGCCAUGCUGCUUCCUGGUGAUAAUCAAGCUACAGCCUCGAAUCUUAUCUUGAGAGUCAUCGUUCUCCUGAAAGAGAAAACACAAAUAUCUUAGUUCAUGUUUUACCAUUCUGGUCUUCACUCAAAUGAAUUAACCAGGAAAUACAUGAAGGAUUUUCUUGUUACCUGUUUAGUGUAUUUUGAUAGUACACAUCUCCUUGUAAUAUUAUAAUGAAACCAGUGUAGGAUGGCGACAAAAACCACAGCCUACAUUUUAUGAACCCUCUCAAUUGAUGCAGCGUCCUAGCCAACAGGAAUGAAUGUGCAAGGUUUCGUCAUGCAAGGAAGAAUAAGGAGCAACAUGAUCCUGAGGCAUAUUCUUUCCCUGGUGUAUAUAUCCAUUAACUGUACAGUAGCAGAGUCUAGAUGCAUACACACAUCAAAUCAGUAUGCCUGACUGAUUUUCCAACUUGUAUAACCUACCAUAUCUAGUUGAUUUUUCUAGACUGCAGGUUUUAUUUGCACAAAUGUAUACAACCUUUUAAUGAUAGAGGAUAGAAUUCAGAAUAGGGUCAGAGCUAUUCUUAUUAAUUUUAUGAAUGUGAAUUUUACUUGUAGAUGGAUGAAAAAAGUUCAGUAUUAUUCUCUUGUUUGGAAGAGUAACAUUCCCUCCUUGCACAGUGGUAGCUACCUUGAUAAUCUUAGAAGUGUGCUGCUGUAUAUCAUAAGAUUUGAUGUGGACUUGGAGUAAUAAAGGUAACUACUGUAUUUUAGUGCUCUGUAAAAAUAAUACUUGUUGUUGACAUAAAUAUUUAACUCCAGAGAAUGCCAUAUUUUACUGCUCUUAGGAAAUGUGUAAAGCAGCGGUGAUCAAAGUUGUUGCUGUCUAGAUAGUGUUAAAUAAGAGUAUUGCCUCAUAUACAUUGGACUUUAGUAGUAAGAAGGAAAGCCUGUGUUGGAAGAGAGGAUAAGUUCCACAGUUCAUGGCUGAUUGAUCCAUUCAAUAUGUAACAUUACUUAAAAAGCAGCACAUAUUGCAAAACACUGGCUUGUGUAAACUUCAUCUGCCCCAAACAAUUAAGGGUUAUGCAUUACUUGUAAUUGUAGUUAAUACAACUAACAUGACAAAUCCUCUUUCCUCAUAUUAAAUAGACACAUUAAAAGUCCAAUAGCAAAGUGAAUGGUCGCUAUCAUACAUGAGCAAACAUAUCAUACUGUACUUCAAGAAAUAUUUACAACGUAUGUUGUACAGAAAUAUCCUUUCCAGAAAAAAAGAUUCUUGCAAUCUUAACAUCCAAGUUAAGUACAGUGAUUUUGUGCAGGUAACAAAGGCAUAUUUUAUUACUGAAUUUGGUGCAAUAACUAUCUGAAGACUGUAAUAAAGUGAAAUUCGUGUGACAUCUUGAGGCGGGACUUGACAGUGUUUCUUACUCUUGACUCCUCUGUCACCACCACCACUGUGCUUUGGAUACUAUUUGCAUCAUCAAGCAAUACAUUAAAAUAUCUUUCAGAAUAAUAUUUUCAGAUAUUUCUAAGAGAACCAUAGUUAUAUAAUAUAAUACAAUAUAUAUAUAUAUAUAUAUAUAUAUAUAUAUAUAUAUAUAUAUAUAUAUAUAUAUAUAUAUAUAUAUAUAUAUAUAUAUAAAUUUAAGCCGUCUAUUCGUGUCUUAUCAUAAUGUUAAGCAUCAUUCAUUUUGCUUCCUUUACUGCUUUAUAAAUGCACAUUAUCAGUGUCUGAAAUCUAGUACCUAAGACAGCCACUUGGCAAAAUUUGAGUGUCAGGAGUUGUGGUGACAGAAGAAUCAAUAAUACAUUGUAACAUGUAUUAUAUUGUAUUCUCAAAUAAGCAUUGAUGUGAUUCAUUAGUCCAAUGUCUUGUGUACCAAUGUUACAGUUUGCAUAUUU